AUGACCACUAUCAUCACUAUGACUGUCACCACCACCAACACCAUCAUCAUCAUCCCUACCCUGCUAAGCUACAGAAUCAGUGACAUUCAGGGAUGUGACAGUGGACUUCACGCAGGAGGAGUGGCAGCAUUUGGAGCCAGCUCAGAGGGACCUGUACAGAGAUGUGAUGCUGGAGAACUUCCGGAACCUGGUCUCACUGGGUCAGGGGAUCCAGGAGAAGCGGGGGACCUUCUGCUUGCCGUGCGGGGAAAGAGCUUCUCCAGGCACUCGGACCUCAGGAAACCCUCCAGGCUGGACGUGGAGAGGAAGUCGUACGGCUGCAGCGAAUGUGGCAAGGCUUUCGGCCGCAGCUCCUCCCUGAUGAAACACCAGAGGAUCCACACCGGGGAGAAGCCCUUCCAGUGUGACGUGUGCGGGAAGCACUUCCUGGAACGGUCGUCGCUCACCAUCCACCAGCGGGUCCACACGGGCGAGAAGCCGUACGCGUGCGGGGACUGCGGCAAGGCCUUCAGCCAGCGCAUGAACCUGAUCGUGCACCAGCGCACGCACACCGGCGAGAAGCCGUACGCGUGCGGCGUGUGCGGGAAGGCCUUCCGGAAGACCUCCUCCCUCGCCCAGCACGAGAGGGUCCACACGGGCGAGAAGCCGUACGCCUGCGGCGAGUGCGGCAAGGCCUUCAGCCAGAGCGCCUACCUCAUCGAGCACCAGCGGAUCCACACCGGGGAGAAGCCCUACAGGUGCGCGCAGUGCGGCAAGGCCUUCAUCAAGAACUCUUCGCUCACUGUGCACCAGCGGAUCCACACCGGGGAGAAGCCGUACAGGUGCGGCGAGUGUGGGAAAACCUUCAGCCGCAACACCAACCUCACGCGGCACCUGCGGAUCCACACCUAGGGAGGCUGGGCACCCCUCCCACCCCGAAUCUACGCCAGGUGGGCGGUCAGUGCGGGGAGCUCCAGUGUGCGGGCCGGGGCGGUGCAGUGCUGGAGAAGCCCCGCCCCACACCGCCGUAGGAAUGCGGGGGUCGUGGGCGGGCUCCUGGUUCACGCACGUGAACUGCCAACACGCAGCUGGACAGGGCGUCCGUGCCGACGCAAUGGAAAGCAGGCGCCCACGUUGUAAGGUUGGCUGUGGCUGGUAACUCGCAGGAGCUGCGGAACCUAGGGCGUCAGGGUUCCAGACCCAGCUCUCAGUAAGUCGUAGGCGCUUGGAUGGAGCGUUUGGAGCCUCUGGUCUCCGUUUCUGAUAGUAAAGAAGAGGAGGGGCCUGGAGGAGGUGGUUCCACAAGAGAACGUGGGGACAGUUCCCCUCGUUUGUCACCACCCCCACCACGUCUAGUCCAGACGUCAGGUUGUCACCAUCUGUGAGUUUCUUCCAUGGGUUAGAGCUGGAGGGCCCUCCGUCCUGCACACCCCAACCCUCCUGCAGUCUCUCUCAGCCGUGCUGGAACCCCCCACCCCCAGCUAGUAAGCGGUAGAAGUUGGCAAGUUGUUCGUGAAGGGGAAAAAAAAUUUUCUUCAGUUGGCAAUAACAGUAACCGCUUCAGAUGCCAAAGUUUCUCAUAGUGGUCUGUUACAAUUUUUUUUAAAUAAAACUUUCCAUGAUUAAAAAGAAAA